AUUUUGUGUCUGAAUGUUGUUCAGUUUCAUUUCAUGAAAAGUACACACCCACAGUGUUAUAAAGUCUCUAGCAGAAGGCUCGAGAUUGGGAGCAAGCCAGUCUGAAGCAGACUAGACAUGGGUUUGUUAACAAUAGCAGCCGUUGCAGCAGGUGCAGGCGGAGCAGUUGCUGCCGCACCAUUGUUUCUGGGGUUGGCUGGUUUUACCGCAACAGGAAUUGCUGCGAGUUCUUUGGCCGCCAGUAUGAUGUCAACCGCAGCUGUGGCUAACGGAGGAGGGGUCGCAGCUGGAUCUCUGGUAGCACUUCUUCAGGCAGCAGGUGCCGCUGGUAUCCCUGUAGCAGCUCAGGCUGCUAUCGGUGCGGUGGGCGGUACUGUGGGAGGCGCUGUGGCUACAGCAGCUGCGAUACUGAUUUAAAGUAUCAAAAUCAACAGCGAAAGCGCAUUGAAGAAGACCCGCAUGUGAACCCCUAGCUUUUUUACUACAUUACAAUGUAUUGCGCCUCCUACCUUUCUAAAGUGGAAUUUUUUAAGAGGCAGCUCUAGUUUCAAUAACUAUGCCAUUGUAUGCCUACUGUGUUAAAUAAAGAGGAAAUGAAUAAAAGGUA